AUGAUGAGUAUUGAAAGACAAAUCAAUCUUGAUAAUCAUUGUGAGAUCAUGGAAUCAAUGGAAUUAUUCAAGAAUCAACUGAUUGAAAUUAAAGGCAGCCUGAGAAGAACUGAUACUGAAAGGUUGGAGUAUGCCGACUCCAUUGCAAGGAAAUUUCAAGCUGAAGAGAAUGCGAAAGUUGCUGCGGAAAAAGAACAAUCUCGUAUCACCCAAGGUGAGCCUAGUAGAAGAGGUGACGGUGUAUCAACCAGCAACAGAUCUAAGGGUGGAGGUCGAAGCGGUGGUGAUCGCGGAGGCCGAAGCAGUAGUGGUGGUCGUGGUGGGCAAUCUGGUAGUGAUCGUGGAGGUCGUACUAGUGGCGGUGAUCGUGGUGGGAGAUCCAGUGGAAGCGGUCAUGGUGGUCGCGCUCUUCCUCCUUUUUGCAAUCUGUUAACCGGUCAAGAGAUAACGGGUGAAGGGAUGAGCUAUGAAGGAACUCGUUUUCCUAUCGAUCCUUGA